AUUCAGUAAACAACGAAAUGCUCAAGCUUACAGUUCUAUUUCUUAUUCUACUGGCCAUUGCCAAAAUGGCAUGCAGCCGUGAAAAAUUCACCAUACAAGUUAACGAAGACAAUGCCGUUGGUGCUAUCCUCAAAGCGGAUCCCUUUGUGAAAAUCAACGAAGGCUACUACUUUUUUGGAACUGAGUCCUUGAACUGGUACGCGGCGUAUGAGAAAUGCCGGGAACUGGAUUCCGAAUUGGUAACAUUCGAAACAGAUCAGGAGUUCGACGUCAUCGCCGCCUAUUUGAUGGCCAACGGUUCGCGCCAAAACUACUGGACUUCCGGUAAUGAUCUGGCCAAAACGGGAACCCACAAAUGGUUUACUACCGGGGAGCGAAUAAGUAGUCUAAGAUGGGCGCUCAACCAGCCCGAUAAUUACGGCCAGAAGGAACACUGCAUCCACCUGGGCUACAUAUACGAAGACUCCAAGAAGUUCGAACUGAACGAUCGCCCCUGCUCCCAGGCUGACAACAGUUUGUUUAAGUAUAUCUGCGAAGCUCCCAAGAUGGAAACCAUAUCCAUUGUGGUGUGGAAGUAAACAUGAGGUGGUAUUCAGGGGUAUUCUGAAUAAAUUUUUGUUGCAUCGUUUUUAAAUACCGCAUUUCCUUUUACUGUUCACCCGAGUAAAGGGUUAGUCAAAAGGAUUCGAAAAAUAUUUAAUAAACUUAGCUUCUAAUUGAAGUUUACCUUCCUUAUUACCCUAA